AUGUUGCAAUCUUUACCCACAGGAAGAUUUAGAUUUGUUACUGAAUUUAACAUUGUUGGUACUACCUCUUUAAUGUCUAGUGAGUCUUCUCGUAUUCCGUUCUUAAGUGGUGAAAAUUUUUCGGAGUGGAAGGACAAAGUCCUUUUGGCAUUAGGGUGUAUGGAUCUCGAUUUGGCAAUUCGUGAGGAUGAACCACCAAAGCCCACGAACGAGAGUUCAAUUGCGGUUAGGGUUGCCUAUGAUCGUUGGGAGCGAUCUAAUCGCUUAAGUUUGAUGCUUAUAAAGACUCAUAUCAGUUCUAGCAUCAGAAACUCGAUCCCGUCAUGCGACAAGGUAAAUGACUACAUGAAGGCUAUUGAAGAGCAGUUUGUUAGUUCUGAUAAGGCACUUGAUGAAUAG